CUAUUUGUCGCCAGCCAUUUUGAUUAGUAAUAUGGCGUCAGCCGACAUUAAUAUGGCGUCUUCGGACAUAAUAGCUGAAGUUGAAAUCCAGCCCGACAUUCAAGAGGUAGAAAUCGAAACAAUUCCUGUAGAAAUUCCGUGCGAGACAGUUGAAACGACAAUUGAAGGUGAUGAUGGACAACCGAUGAUAGCACUCCAGCCACUUCCAGAACCUGGUCGCGAAGAAAUCAUUCUGCAGACACAGGAAGAAAUUGUCGGUGGUGAUCCUUUAAGCGUUUAUGACCAAAUACCCGUUCCUGAUAACGAUAUUUAUGUUGAAUCAAGUCCCGGUCCCUCGAAAAAAGUUACAAAAAAACCUAGGAAACAAGGUAACACAAGGUUUCGAGCUCCUGACCACGCUAUUUUCGGCGAUAUGGCAUCGGAAACUAAAACGAGAAAAUGGGAACAGAAACAAGUGCAAAUCAAGACCCUGGAAGGUGAAUUUUCAGUUACGAUGUGGGCAUCCGGUACAGAUGAUGAUGAAGGUUCUAAUCCAGAACCUGAUCCCGACUACACGGAAUAUAUGUCAGGCAAAAAUUCCACCAAAUUCAAUCAUUCGGGAAGUUCAGUGUCCGAUGGUAUGCCAGGUCUCGAUCUCUCUGAUCCAAAACAGUUAGCUGAAUUCGCUCGUCCUGGACAUAAAUUGAAAAUUCGCAAACAACAAAUGAUGGAUGGAGUUGAACGCACUAUUGCAUGUCCUCAUAAGGGAUGUACAAAAAUGUUUCGUGAUAAUAGUGCAAUGCGUAAGCAUUUACAUACACACGGACCGCGUGUUCAUGUUUGUGCAGAAUGUGGAAAAGCCUUUGUUGAAAGUUCAAAACUCAAAAGGCAUCAAUUGGUUCACACGGGAGAAAAGCCUUUUCAAUGCACAUUUGAAGGAUGUGGUAAAAGGUUCAGUUUAGACUUUAAUCUUCGAACACACGUUAGAAUACACACCGGAGAUAGGCCUUACGUUUGUCCAUUUGAUGGAUGUAGUAAAAAAUUCGCUCAAUCUACGAAUCUGAAGUCACAUAUUUUAACCCACGCAAAAGCCAAAUCGCGUAAUGCCAUUGGAAGACAGGUACAGCAAAUUCAACUUCAACAACCACAAUUCGUCCAAGUGGAAGUUGCUGAUGUUGAUAAUCAGCAAUUCAUUGUUUACGCCGAUUAGCCUCUUUAAGUAUAAACCCAUUUCGUAAAUAUAUAUAUAUAUAUUUUUUUUUUGUUUUGUUAUAAAUUAUCAUAACUACUAUAAAAAAAAAGAAAAAGAAAAAAAAAUAUUCCUUAUCACAUUGUACAUAUUUUCAAAGAAACUGAUAAAGCCAGAAACAAAGUUAAUUAAAAAAAAAAAAAAAAAAAAAGUAAUGUACGAUUAACAAUAUAUUUAAUUGGGCUAUAACUAUGUGUUUAGAGUCAAGAAUAGUAACAAAAUUAUCGCAAGGAACAAAUUUUGCGAGAAUUAUAAAAAAAAAAUCAGAUUAUGCGAUUAAAGUGUACACUCUUUUUUUUAAUUUUGCAAUUUGCAAAUUUUUGCACAUCGCUCAAAUUUAUUCUGUGUAAACUUUUAUCGUUUAAUAAGGAUAUGUGCUUUUACGUGUUUAAUUUAAAGAAAGAAAAAAAAAAUUGAUAAAUAAUGAAAACUGUAUAUAUUUACACGUGAAAUCAAAUAUUGUAUACAUACAACGUAUUUUGAAAGUUUCUCGGCACGAAUAAAGCGGGAUUUAAUAAUUGUAUUGUUUAAAUAAUCAUAUUCUUUCCAUUUAUGAUA